CUCUCGCAACCAACGUGAAUUCUCUUCCCUUGACAAGAUGUGUUGCAACUACGGCAACUCCUGUGGCUAUGGCUGCGGAUAUGGCUAUGGCUGUGGAUGUGGCCCCUAUUAUGGCUGUGGUUAUGGAACAGGCUAUGGCUGUGGCUAUGGUACUGGGUAUGGCUGUGGAUAUGGCUCACGGUAUGGCUGUGACUCUGGCUGUGGAUAUGGCUCCUGCUGUGGCUAUGGCACUGGAUAUGGCUGUGGCUAUGGCUAUGGCUCCAGCUGCUGUGCCUACCGGCCAUUUUUCUAUAGAAGAUGUUAUUCUUCUUGCUGCUAGAACAUCACUGUUCAAACCCCACUUGCUUCUGAAAUGACAUGCCUUAAGAGAAGGCUGAUUCAAGAAUCCAUACUCCAAGACUUCUAUAUCUAAGAAAUUGCAUGCUUUGUAGAAGAUUUGACCACCAUUAACAUUUGUAGGAUGGCAUCUUGUGGCUGUGUAGUAUCAUCUUACUGUUUUCCAUAUGUUGGGCUUUACUACCUUAAUCUGGAUUCUGUUUUGUGACUGUGGCAAUGAUCCUAACAUUCCACAGCUAGGCAAAUCCCUUAUUCUCAAUAAAAAUGGUUCUUUGCUUCUAACACA